GCCAUUUCUCCAUUCUCUCCAUGGACGCACAUAUAUAAGCAGCAACCAUGGUGUCCAUGGCUACCUCUGCCAACCUAGCUUAGCUAGAGCCUAGAGGAGUCAUCUCCAUUUCUUAGCUUCUCUCCUCACCAGAAGCCACCAUGAGAGGCCCUAGCACCACCACCAUGGCCACCUUCAAGCAAAGCUUCCUCAAGAACCUCCUCUCGAGCCUCAAAAGCUCCAGCAAAAACAAGGCCGCCAUGUCGACCCUGAGUGAGAGGAAGCGUGCCAUCAAGUCCUCCGCCGACAUCGCCAUGGCCACCGCCCGCACCGGCAUCGCCGGAGCAGCACGGUGGCCACAUGCCAUCUUGGCAUCAUCAUCAUCGUCUUCUUCAUCUUCAUCUUCAUCUUCAUCGUCAUCGUCGAUGCCGAGAACUACAUUUCCAUGCAAGAUGAUGCAAGGGAAGGUGAGGAGGAGGUGCAAGAGCAUCGUGAGGAGGAGGACGCCAUUGAUGAGUAGUAGUAGUGAGGUUGCGAGGAGACUGGUGAAGAAGAGGGACAAGGUGCUGAGGAGGAUGAUACCCGGAGGCGAGCUCAUCGCCGACGAGAUCUCGCUGCUGCACGAGGCCAUGGAUUACGUCGUUCAUCUGCACGCCCAGGUCGACGUGCUCCGCCGCGUCUCGAGAGCCGCCGUGGCGCGGAGAUCCAGUGCGUCUUCUUCUUCUUCAGGUGGGCUUGCACAAUUGAAGGAACGGACGGUUCAGAUCUCUGGUGAAACGGAGAACCCAUGCUAGAUAGUAGGAUGUGAUUCUGAAAAGAGGAGCAAGAUGUGUUGCAGAUAUUGGAGAAAUAUCCAAGAGGGUGAUCAGAUUUAUGUCCCUGAUCACACUUGAUAAGCAAGUGCAGAAGUGCCCGGAGAAAUAGAAGUGGAAGAGUGGUGGAGAGUAAUCAAGAUUCGUACUGUUCAAAGAUGAAUGAGAGGAAAUUUGUAAGUUGGUGGUACUAAUUGUAGUAGCCACUUUUGUACCAGAAGUAAAAGUGAAAUUGAUUAAUUAUAAUGCAGAGAGAUAGUACUGAAAUUACUGCCCUUGUAUACCUGAAAGUCUGAAAUUAUGUUCUAAGCUAA